CUGGGUACAAACAUGGCUGGACAGCGAUUUCUGAUCGUACUGAUCGUGGUUGCGAUCUUAGUACCAUCGAUUCCGGAGAUUUCUGCCAAAACCUGUGGAUCGAGACACCAGCUACGGACCCACAAUGAACCCGUGGUAGACCUCAGCCUGCUGAGCGCGAAGCAGCUGAAACAGCUAGUUCAGCAGUUGGCCAAAUUGCAGACACAGAAGGAUGAGGAUGGUGGACAUGCGGUGGAGCAAGAUGAGGAAGCGGAGGAAGAGGAGGACCCGAAUCAGGACCAAGAGCUGGAGGAUCCCGAGGACGAUCACCGCGGCGGAAGUCGUCCAUGGAACAGGUUGCAGCGUAUAAUCCGGCGGCAGCUGGUUAAAAUACCCAAGAGAUAUCUCAAGAAGCUGCUCAGGCAGUUUGGAUUGGCCCGGAGUGCUGGGUAUGGCGGUGUUCGGAGCGCGAACUGGGGUCCCCAGCUGGAGGAGUAUUACCUAAUACCACUGGAGUGAAAUAAUUGAAGGGAAUAAACACACACAGACACUUUUCCGGAACACAA